CCGGCAGCCACGUACCACGUUUCUACGUGUCUCGGGCCUAAAAGCGGAAGUUACGCAGGGACUCGCGAGCGCAGGGGCGGCGCUGGCAGUAUAUAGGCUGCUGAGGGAAGCGGGUGUCCAGACGGCAUUGGAAGGCGCCGGAAGUGGUCGUGCUGAAGAAGGGAGGGAGAGGGGUUGCUGAGGCAGUUCGCUAGGCUAUAUGUAGCCGGGCGCCUCGUUAAGGCGCACUCUUGUUCCUUUCCGAGUGCCUAGCAUAGUCUCCCCCGCUUCAGCCAAACAUGGACUUCAGGGAAAUUCUCCUGAUAGCUUCCAAAGGACAAGGUGUCAACAAUGUGCCGAAAAGGUAUAGUUUGGCAGUGGGGCCUCCAAAAAAAGACCCAAAAGUUAAAGGUGUCCAGUCAGCAGCUGUACAAGCCUUUCUUAAAAGGAAACAAGAGGAACUCAGACAAAAAGCCUUAGAAGAGAAAAGGAGAAAAGAAGAUCUUGUGAAAAAACGAAUUGAGCUCAAACAUGACAAGAAAGCAAGAGCUAUGGCCAAGAGGACAAAAGAUAAUUUCCAUGGUUAUGAUGGAAUUCCUAUUGAGGAAAAGUCAAAGAAGAGGCAGGCAAUGGAAAGCCACACCAGCCAGGGAACAGACCAAGAGUAUGAGAUGGAAGAAGAGGAUGAAUAUGUUGAAUACAAUCAAGUAGAGUCCGAGCAGGAGUAUGAGGAAGAGCAAGAACCUCCCAAAGUUGAAAGCAAACCAAAGGUCUCCCUUAAAAGUGCCCCACCACCCAUGAACUUCACUGAUUUACUCAGGCUGGCUGAGAAAAAGCAGUUUGAACCAGUGGAGAUCAAGGUAGUGAAGAAAUCAGAAGAGCGGCCUAUGACUGCAGAAGAACUUAGGGAGCGAGAAUUCCUUGAACGAAAGCGUAGGAAAAAGAAGCCUGAGACAGAUGUAAAACUACCUCCAACUGUGUCCAAAAAGGCACCCUCUCAGAAAGAAAGCAUGGGCACAAAACUUAGCAAAGUUUAUGAAGACAGGCAUCCUUCUUCCAAGGGAAUGCCCCUUCCUCAUGCUGAGAAGAAAUCUAGAGCCAGCACGGCCAGUGAGAAACACUCAGCUUUGUCUUCAUCCAAAUGCAUGCCAGGAGAGAGGACCAAGGCAGGCUCCGGCAAUAUCUCCCAACCCUCACUUCGUGAGGGCCAUAACAGACCUGUUUUCAAUGGGGCUGGAAAGCCCCAUUCCAGUACCUAUUCACCAAGUGUCCCAAAGACUUCUGCUAGCGGGACUCAGAAAUCUGUUACUGAGCGCAAAGCCAAAAAAUCUCCCAAUCCUAACCAUUCCAAGCCUGGGUCCAUGGUCAUUCCACAUAAUAAGGCUAAGAGUGCAGGUGUCAGGCAGCCAGGCAGCAGCUCCAACUCAGCCCCUGGUCGGCCCAGCAUAGCAACUGCUCGACCCACAGUUAAUUCUGGCCCUACACCCAGGUGGCAGAAUGGCAGCUCCAGCUCAGGACCUGAGCGAUCCAUCAGUGGGACCAAGAAGCCAUCCAGUGACUCGAAUCCCUCUGGGCGACCAGUCAGUGGUGCUAUUGGCCCUGGACGACCAAUAAGCAGCUCAAGUGGCCCCGGGCGACCCAUCAGUGGCCCAGGUAGUUCUUUGAGACCUGUGGGCAGCUCUAGAGGCCCUGGGCGGCCUGUGAGCGGUCCACAUGACCUUCGACGACCAGUGAGUGGCUCAGGCCCCCUUGGGCCAUCAGUCAGUGGCCCUGGGAGAUCCAUAAGUGGCUCAGUUCCAACUGGAAGGACUGUCAGUAGUUCAGGCCCUGGAAGACCAGUGAGCAGCUUGGGACCUGGGCGAACAGUUAGUAGCUCAGGUCCCCUCAUAAAGCCCAAGUGCACUGUUGUCUCAGAAACAAUUUCUUCCAAGAAUAUCAUUAGCCGGUCUAGCAAUGGACAGAUGAAUGGAAUGAAGCCUCCCUUAUCUGGCUACAGAUCUGCUCAAGGUCCUCAAAGGCCUUCCUUCCCCAUUGGUUACAAAAGGCAUCGAGAAUAUGAAGAGGAAGAUGAGGAUGAUGAAUAUGACUCUGAAAUGGAAGAUUUUAUCGAAGACGAAGGAGAAUCUCAGGAAGAAAUAUCUAAGCACAUUCGAGAAAUCUUUGGCUAUGACCGAAAAAAAUACAAAGAUGAAAGUGAUUAUGCCUUACGUUACAUGGAGAGUAGUUGGAAAGAGCAGCAGAAAGAAGAAGCAAAGAGUUUAAGACUAGGUAUGCAAGAGGACUUAGAGGAAAUGAGACGUGAAGAAGAAGAAAUGCGACGUCGAAAGGUCAAAAAGCUCAAGAGGCAUUAGCUGCUGCUUUUAUUUUUGUGAACUUCCAGAGACAUUCUACUGAAAGAAUUUCCUGUCUUCAGGCUUGAAGAUACCCCCUAUCGUUUUAGAUUUAUACUUGGGUACUCAAGAAAAAACAAUGCAUAUUGUUUGCAGGCUGUCAUUUGAGCAUAAAGUAUUUUCAAAUAUUUUCCAGGGUGCAAUCUGUAAUGCAGAUGAUAUAAUGCCCACUGUGUGCUCUUAUAAAGUUAACUGUUCACAGAUGCCAGCCUUGAUCCUGAUGAGCUAUGCACUCUAAUAUGGGGCCGCUCACCAGUCAACCAAUCUUUUGUUGUUCCUUUGAUACUUUGAAAGGAGAAAAAAGAUUGUUCCUUGACUUCUAUAAUUUUUCUGAUAUGUGAGUAGGGCACUGCCCUACUCCUAAUCAAAUUUAUUAUCUUUUUAUGAGGAAACUGGCCCUCCCAUGAAUGUUGCCAGCAAAAAAGUGACUUGUCCUAAUCUAUGAUUGGAUUGAGAACUUAAAAAUGUAGAGUAGGCUUUAUAAUUAUCAUAUGGAUGCCAUCCCUGUGACUUUGAAGUACAAAGUAGAAUAAAUUCUAUAUUAUUCAUGGAUUGGAUGCUGAGCAUUCUUACUAAUUUAGGUGAUUAGGCAAUUAAUGAAAAGUUUUCCAAGUUAAAAUACAGGUUAUGUAUUAUAAUAUUCUUUUCCAAGUUUUCCUUUCAGAUUUACUGUUAAGUUUGGCUUUAGCGUUAAAUAGACAAGGUCACUGUGCUGAUUGAUUUUUUUACCAUAAAAAAUCAUUUUUAUAUUAAAGAAAAUAUUUUAUUCAAACAUUAGAUUUAAAAGAGUAAUAGUUUAAAAAAUAAGAAAGUGACAUGUGAAGCUCCCCUCCUCCCCAUUCCCUGCCCAUGAUAAAGCUAUUUUGAAAUCCCAAGGUUCCCCUGUACCUCUUGAUGUUAAUAACUUUGCAUUUUUAGCUUAAAUUUGUUAGCAAAUAUUAAUGGCAAAAAACCAAAAACUAAAUUUAUGUCAAGAGCACCACCUUCCCCUUUUUGUCCAUAUUGCACUUUUAUUUCAAACUAUGCACUAUGAAGAGAUUUUUUUCCCAGGUAGAAAAGGAUAUUUCUUGUUACUGGUGUUUUACUGGGCUGUGGAAUUUCAUUUUCACCCUUCUUUAAGUUAUAGCUAUAGAUUUGAUAUCACUGAAGUCUCAAGUCAAUGCAGUUCCAAUCAGGCUGACUUAGGAUCUGGCUGGAAGGAAGCCAAGUCUAAUGGACAGUCAGCAACAGAAAAUGAGAUAUGAUGAUGCUAGAGAACAUUUGUCCUUGACUCUUAAAUGUGGAGGGUUGGGGGAAGUCAGACAUAAGCUUAUAGGGCAAUUCUACAAUAUAUGUUCUUGAGCCAUUGGACGAUAGGCGUUAGGAAGUAGAGAAGUCCUACAAAGAAUGCUUACUCUUCAACAGGUCCAGAUGUUUUUGUGUAUUCCUUUUUACUCAUAAAGUUGUCUUUAUUCUUCAAGUUUGGGUAUUAUAUAUUGCCAUUAUAAGCCUCCCUUAAUGGGAGCAGGUGACCCAGUCCUUUCAAACCCACUCAUCUUUAAUCAAGUUUCAGACUUUCAAAGUGCAAAGAUUUAAUUUUGAAGUUGAAAUCCCAUAAAAGGUGUUUUCAUCACUAGGAAGAAGACCCCAACUCUCCAUAUAGAACUGUUAUGCUGGUAGCAGAAAAUCCUAUUGACUUCCUCUCACUCAUUUCAAAUACUUUCAAUGAAAUUUAAAGGUAGUAUGAUGUUGCUAUCAUUUAUGUUCUUUUUUCCCCACUCCCCCUUCAAAAGUUUUUUUCUUGGAUUUUUUUUUCCAGCAUUGACUCUGAAACCUUUAAUUAUAAUCAAGUGCUUGUCAUAGCUGCAAAAUUUCUCUGGUGGCUUAAAGUUUACUAGCACUUAACGAUAUGGUUCAGUUACUUAUAAAGAAAGUCCCUAUUGUGGUAAAUAAAUUUCCAGAACUUGGUAGGAAGAGUCAGGUUUUAACCUUGUAUGCCUGUCACUUCUGAGUACAUUUCUUCUAUAAUACAUAUAUGUUGAUUUACAUAAAUAUAAAAGGGUACUUCUGUGGCUCAUUUAAAGAAGAAAAAGGUUAUGAGUCUUAAAUUUUGGCUUUGUUUUCAAACCUGUCUUCCACUUUGUCCUUCUGUACAUCCUGACUAUUACAAAAAGCUCACAAACCUUUGAAGAAACUGGAAUAGGCUAUUAUUUUAUCAAGGUUUAUGAAUUAUGUGCUUUUCUUUUAAUAUAUCCUCUACUGUUGAUUUUCAAAUUUUCUUAAUUCAGUAUUUGAAGAUGUGCCUUUUAUUGGGUAAUGUUAAUCACGAAUGUAGUAAUGUUAUUUCAUGAUUGUAAUAAUACAUGAUCAUGGGUGUGGCAUUCUCUAACACAAAUGAUGUGAAAGGAAAGUAGUUUUCAUAAAACUCAUGGCUCUGGUUGCACAGUCUCACUUGCUUUUGAUGUUGCUAUGUCAAAGCAAAGGGCACUUUUUAAAAGCUACUUUCAGAACUUUGUAUUUUCUCUAAACUAUAAAUGCAGUUAUGUCCAUUUGGAGGCCAGGGUACCACAUGUCACAGGCAGCCUUACAUGUGUCCCGUAAAAAGGUUCAAAGACUGUUAAUAAAAAAGAAAGUCUGUGGGAACUCAAAAUUUCACUUUUAAUGUAAUCCCCAAGAUUUUCUCCAAGAAAUUGUUUUGUAUUUUGUAACUUAAAAGCAGCUAUUAGUACAUUUCUGAGAAGCAGGAGACCAAAACAUAUUUGGAAAGAGAAUAAAUAUAUGAAGAGAGA